CCCCGCCCACCAUGGGUAUCUCAAUCCGAUAUAUGCCCCAUAUCUUUCUAUCUGUCUUAAUCAUGGCCCUCGAGCUAAUAUCAAGCAACCAAAUCCUCUCCGUAGACCUCCUCACACGCCUAGAGCCCUGAACCCCCUCUCCUACGCGUACAAUGCCUACCGAAUACUUCGAAGACUUCGAGACCCACCCCUGGGUCCAAACGCUCCUCUCCGACUCUACCAUCAUACAAUCUCCACUUUCAAAUAGAGCACCCGGUCCCGCUGAAGGCGUGUCAAACAGCCUGUUUGCCGCAACCCUCCACACCAAGCGCGCAGUCCGCGCCUAUCUCAGCUGCAGCCGCCCCGACCCCAAUGCCUCCUCCUCAAACACCGAAACACCCGUGCAAGAAAAUUACAUCAUAGUGUCUGUUGGCGACGGGCUGGACGGGGCUAGCGGACGGCUGCAUGGCGGAUUUUUGGCGGCGUUGCUGGACCAGGUCAUGGGAGCCUGCGCAGUGACGUGCAAGAAUAUGGGUUCGAGUCCGGCGACGAAGGAGAUGUAUGUUAGGUUUAGGAAGCCGGUGGCGACGCCGGGGGUUAUACUGGCGCGGGCGAAGGUGGAAAAGGUGGAGGGAAAGAGGACGUGGGUGAAGGGGUGGGUGGAGGACGGGAUGGGUACAGUGUAUGCGGAGGGUGAGGCGACAUUUGUGAGAGUUGGCGAAGUUGGGAAAUUAUGAUCGAAAUGGAGAAAGACGUCGACGAGAAUCGAGUUACAUUUCGCAGUCCUAUGUAGAUUCUCACAAUGUAAGUCUGGGCUGAGUCUUGGCCAUCAUGGUAAAGCUACACUAUCCAUUCUCAACUUUCAACUGAGAAUAAUGCCGAUUGA